AUGGAAGGUAAAAAGCAACAAAAGCAUUUUGUUCUAGUACAUGGUGUUUGCCAUGGAGCUUGGUGCUGGUACAGGCUACAAUCCCUGCUGGAGGCGGAGGGCCACAGAGUCACCGCGAUUGACCUUGCAGCCUCCGGCAUCAACCCGAAAAAACUAGAUGAGCUUCACACAUUUUCCGACUAUACACAGCCGUUAUUCGAGAUUUCUGUUGCUAUUUUUAUUACGGCAAUCAUGCCUGACACUGUUCAUAAGCCAAGCUAUUUUAUUGAACAGGGUAUGGAAGAUUCCUCGGAGGAAGAUUCUACGGACAAUCAAAUCAUUCCAUUUGGUAAACCUGAAGAUCAUCGAGUAGCAAUGCUCUUUGGUCCACACUACACAUCAUCCAAGCUAUAUCAACUAUGCCCUUAUGAGGAUGUGGUGUUAGCAAAAGCGUUGAUGAGGCCAGGCUACACGUUUUUGGAAGAUUUGUCAAAGCAGAGUGCGUUUUCCGAAGAAAGGUAUGGAUCUAUAAAGCGUGCAUACAUCAUACCCGAUCAAGAUAAAACCUUAACAGUAGAGUUUCAACGCUGGCUAAUUGAAAAUUCUGGAGCAUCAAUAGUGAAGGAGAUGAAAGACGCUGACCACAUGGCAAUGAUCUCAAAGCCCCAUGAACUUUGCCAAUAUCUAUUGGAUAUAGCUUGGGAAGGCAAAGUCCCUCAUCCCAGCCCCGCUAAGGAUUUUAUUGCCCUAUCCCUGCCUCAAUUCCCUCUUAAAGAGGGUAAUUUGAAAAUUGGGCAUGGGUGA